CCGCCACUUUUUUAUCAAAAAAUUGGCCGAUAUGAAGAAGUUAAAAAGGGUAUAUACACAAAACAUAGAUAAUCUCAAAGAAUUGGCAGGAUUAGAUGUAGAUUGGCAAUUUGAAAGGUCUAGACUGCAAUAUUGUGAUAUUUUCAAAAAAGGUGAAACGCUAAAUUGCCCUGAAUGUCAAGAAAAAGGACAACGAUCACAUCUUAUUGGACAACUGAAACCACCAAUAAUUCUUUAUGGUGAUUCACAUCCUAAAGGAUUAGAAAUUGGUCCAUUUGCAGAACAAGAUCAAGAUAAAGCUGAUUGUUUAAUAAUAAUAGGAACUUCAUUAAGAAUUCUUGGAGUAAAAGCUCUUAUAAAAGACUUUGCUAGUGCGGUUCAUGGCGUAAUAGUUAU